CAAAUAUGGAAAUAAUUUGCCAGAAAGAACUGAAAACUUCGUGACACUGACACAUUUUCCUGUUUCAGUGUACUAAUAGUUCUUGGUACAUACAAUAUUGGACGGAAUAUUUUCUGACGUAAUCAGUAGUCACAAGAAGAAUGUGGCCGCUUGGGCCUCAGGCAGUAAUCCAAUAGCCUUAUAGCUUAGUGCUGUUAUUAUUCAACAUGAUUUCAUUACUUCCUUCUUUUCAAUCUACUAGGAAUCCAGAAAACUUAUCUUUUACACAUUUACUACAAAGCGUUUUUCAGUUGGUUGCAAAGAGAUGGAUUCUUAUUACUUUUUAUUUCUACUUUACAUUGAUCAAUUUUCAAAGUUUUAAAUGGUGAAGUAUUGAGAUAAGCUUAAAGCUCUAAUUAUUAUAGUGUGUGAAUAAUAAUAUUUUUACUAAUGGAAAUCAUACUGCUUAAAUUAAGAAAUGCGGAUGCCAAAAGUGAACACAAAAAUGUAGCAUUGAUGUUAUUUAUUUAUUGAUUACAAGUAGUGGUUAGUUAUUCAAAUAAAUGUUAUUCUUGCUGGAUCUUGUAGCGUUAUGAUUGUUGAUGAGAAAUAAAAUAACGCCUUGGUUUAUUAAGAGUCAAUGCAUUUAAGGGUGAAUCCUUUUAAGAUAUAAUGCUCUACUCAGAAGUAAAGUUUGUGUGAUUCUGGUUGGUUUUAAAGCAGAUUUCAUUACACAACCAAAACGUUUAUAAAAGGAUUAAGAAAGGGGAAGGGCUGGAAAUUGUUAGGGUCCUAAAUCGGGACGUUUUGGCACAGCCCAUAUGUGAUUACUUCCGGAAACGAACCCACGAUCUUUAGCAACGAGGUAUGAGCAUUCGCCAUCCAUUAACUUGGUUGUAAUUUAGUGCCCCUUAUAUUCUUAAUUCAGUGAAUUUACAACAUAUGUAUAUCACUUUCUGAUAUUAUUGGUAAGUGACAUCUAGCUUCCAGACGAAUUUCUUAGAUUUGCAUCAGGCAGAGAGUAACACGUCAAGUAUUAAGAUAUACACUAAUUAAUGAAAUCGGAUGACGGUUUAGAUAUGCUCUGAAUUAACAGAAGUUAGAAUUCAUAUGCUGUCACAUCCCGGCUGAGUGAAUGAUUAGAUCGUUUUGUAAUCUGAAAAUGGUGGGUUUUAUCUAUUCUAAGAUCAGAAAUGGGAUACUUUGAAGAGUCCUAAUUUAGGACGAAUCAGCUAUCUACUUUCCUAUGAUAUUCAAUGGUUCUCUGAAUGAUGUCUUUUAGUGUCUAAAUCAACCUUUGGAUUGAUCUCUUAUUUCAUAGUCCUUAUUCAAAUGGAUUCCGUUUAUGGGAUGAAAUGCUACAACUACGCUUUUUAUAUUGAAAUUCUGAGUUAAAUGUUUCUUUUUCACAAACACAAAAUGAGGCCAUUCGUUACUUCCUGUGACAUGAGGUGAAGGUUUCAAUUCAGCCCCUCAGCUUCAUGCUUACAACCUAGAAGAUCAUCAUCAACACAAUUAUCACAAACGUCAAUAUUCUCCUCAACAAUGGCCACAGAUCCACAAACAACUUUGGAAAUCGUAGACAAGACUAAAAGCGAUACAGUAAAAGAAGACGACACCUUAUCGGAAUUCUCAAAAGCCAGUAAUACUGAAGUGUUAUUUAAGGAUAAUCUACCAUCUUCACUGUCACAAAAUUCAAUUGAUACUCAAGCAAUAAAUGAGUACGAUAGUCAAACAUAUAAACCACAAGAAACUGAGACACCGACCGAAAAUGCAUCACCAUUCGAUACAAAGGGCAAAUCAAGCACCAACUCAACUACAAAUCGUCCAGAACCAAUAAAGAAAAUUAUACGAUCAUCAAUUACAGAGACGGAAGAGGUCAAAGAAAAGUCCUUCAAGUCUUAUUUUGAUGCGUCAUCUUCUGGAUUCACUCAGACACCUGAAGAAAUUUCCGAUUUAACCAAGACUCGAAUACCACAUGCUAAAUAUCCAAGCUACUCAUCCUCGACAAGUUCUUAUCAAUAUCAUCAUCAUGUUGAAAAUGUGUCUAAAAAACCUGAAGACCAUAUGAAUAAUGGUAACGUAACAUCACACAAGGUUAUUUCGUCUGUAACAAAAGUAACACCGGAGACCUCGACAAUACAUAUGAAUGAUUGUGAGAGUAUUUCCAGACCACAAAUAAGUGUUCCCAUCAAAGUUCGACGUGCACCUCAGGAUGUUCGAGUUGUACAUUCUUCAAACUCUAGUUCUUUGACAAGGUUAGAUGAAUUCAAACGAAACUGUGAAAGAGCAGCAAAGGAAUGGGAAAAUAUAAUCAGCUCAAAAGAUAGUAAUAAAUUAUCCGAAGAAGUAAUGCUGCAAAGGAUAGCUGAGUUAGAAUCAAAUGUAAAAGAAGCUGAAAAUUUACUGAAGUUAUUCUCAGCCGAAAUUAGAGAAGUACGUGCAACAGCUGAUUAUUGGUCUAAGAAAACUACAAAUCUGGAACGAUCAUAUCAUAAUCUUCAUGGCAAAGUGAAAGACUAUAGAGCAAACGCUAAACAAAGUGAACAGGAGUAUAUAAGAGCUAUGGAAGAACGUGAAUACAUCUUACAGAGUCUUCGGGAAGCAGAAGUACGAGAACAAAACUUGUCAAAUUUACUUCAACGCGUUGAAGAAGAGUACAGCACAUUAUCAAGAGAUAUAAGGAUUCUGGAACGGUCUCAUGCUAAAAAAGAUCGUCAGCUUCAAAAUCUGUUACUGGAAAAGAAUGAAUUAUCUCGAAAAAUUAAACAUUUGGAAUCACAUUUGCAUAAACUGAAAAAUCGAUCUGAAUACACUUAUCGUCGAAAAAACCCUGGUCAAACUGAUGAAUCAGUCGGUCGGUACCACAGUCAAGUAGGAGAUGAUUCAGAGUAUGUUCUCAGUGAUUUUGGCUCGCUAGAUCGACACCCAAAAGCUUACACCACCAUCACAGCAACAGAAGAAAGACGAAUAAACAACUUGAACACUAAUAGUCUAGAUGAUUCUGAUAAUUAUAUACCACAAAAAUCAGAAAUAUUUAAACCAGGAGGAUCUGCAGAUAUCAUGGAUACCAGAAAGCAGCAUUUUAGUUUUAACCGACUUAUGUCAGACUCUUAUAUAGUCCCAAAAACAAAUGAGAGCACUAUCAGCAUUACGCGUGACACUAAAAAUGAGGGUUUGCUUGAAGGCAACAGUAUUGAGUUUUCACCAGUAAGGCAUCAGCAAAACGAAGAUCAUUUAUUGAGUCAGCAGCAGCAACAGUCAAAUGAAAAGAUUGCAGAUAAUCUCUCUGACACAUUGAUGGACAUGAAUAAUUCAGUAAGACAUGACGAAACGGAAAUAGAGAAUCAGCAGCGUGAUUUCACAGAUACUGCUCACCGAAAGUGGAGUAAUGCAUCAGACUAUCAAUAUCACUCUAACCAUCAGCAACUACAAGCUAAGGGAGUCAAAAAAGAUGUCCUUUCUGCUGAAGAUGACUCAAUGAAACAUAGAUCCCAAGUACAAGUUGUUAUUGGACCGUCUACGUCGAAUGAGAAAAGACAAAAAACUGUACGAGCCAGUAACAUACAUAAGAAAUAUGCUUACAAGAAAGUUCACGACCAGCCAGUAUUGCCAUCUGUGUUCAGUGGUCAUGGUCUUCGAGUCAAUAGACAUCGCCCAGCCUCAGUUUCUGGUUAUUUAGACGAAUACGGUCUGAACAGACCAUAUGACUUGUAUCCUGCCUCGUCUUCAGCCAGACCAAGCACAAGCUUUGGACAGUUUUAUAAUACUAGACGUUUUAAAUCAUUGGACAGAGACUGUUACACUUCAUGUCAAAAUUUAAGCUCAAAACCCUACUCAACAAUGAAAGUGAUUCGUCCGUCAAAUCGACAGGCUGUUAUGUCACAUUCCCUUUUCGACCGUCGUUUUAGAGAUGGGCAGCAUUCAAAUUACUUACGACACAGUAAUCGUGGUGAUAGCGAAUUUGAACGACCACGCAUGCCUCAGUCAUAUUCGACGCAUCAUUUAAAAAUUCCAGAGAAGAAAUGUUUGGAGAGUAGUUUAGAUCAAAUCAACUAUGAAGUAGAUCGUCUGCGUGAUUGCAUAAAAUUAUUGUCGCCAUAAUAAACAAAGUGGAAUAAUUACAUUUCCAUCAUUUACAUGUGAAAGAAUAAUUUUGGUUGUUUAUUGUUUAACUUUAUACGUGACAAAUAAAUUCCUAGUCUUUAUAAUUGAAUGAAAAACACUUGACAUUUUCUGCACUAAGUCAUUUAACUUUGUUACCUUCCAAUAGCUAAACAGUUUCAUUAGAAUAAAAAUCAUUUGGCUCCCUUUUAAAAAAAUAAUUUCAUACCUUUCGCAGCUACAGCUCAUUUUACAAGAAUAAAAUGAGAUAUCUUAGACAAAAGCUUUUUCAUUAAACACUAAGAAAAAUAAAUGUAAAGUUGUACACUUUACACUAGUGUAUGCACAAAUUCAUAUAUAUGCCUACAUAUCAAGGGAAAUACUCUCUUAUUUUGUUAUGAUCUACUUCGUUUACGAAUCAAAUAUGGUUUUGAUUAUUGUCAACUACUGUAUUUAAAAAAACGUUUCAUUCAAUCAGCCUAAACCUUAACUCUACAAUAUUUUGUUGCUUUUAAUUUCUAUUCUUACUUCGAAAAUAUAAGCUUUGAUGAAAGUU